AUGGAACUAGCUGAAGAAAUUAUAGAGGAAGAAAGGGAUUCGGGGAAGGAGGCAAAAAUUGCAGUCUCAAAAUUCCCGAGAGUAAUAAUAGAACAAGGGAAGAAUGCUGACUUCUGGAAGCCGUGGAGGAAAAGUCUGAUUGUCAAAGUGCUAGGACGAACGGUGAACUUCCGCACUUUUGAAGUGAAGCUGAGGGAACUUUGGAAGCUGGACCAAUAUUUCGAACUAAUAGACCUAGAGAAUGGCUACUUCAUCACUUCGCUCCUCAACAAAGAAGAUUAUCAAAAGGUUUUAGAGGGAGGACCCUGGAUAUUCCAAGGUAACUAUGUCACCAUAAGCAAAUGGAAGCCAGAUUUCAGGCCAACGAAAGAGGAUAUCAAGACAACACUAGCCUGGGUCAGACUGCCCGAAUUGCCGAUUGAAUAUUAUGUUGAAGAAUUCCUCAUGAAAGUGGGGAAUGUGGUAGGCAAGGCGGUGAAGGUGGACAACCAAACACUGGAGGUGGCUAGGGGAAAGUGUGCGAGGAUUUGUGUUGAAGUGGAUUUGAAAAAGCCACUAACACCCUUUAUUUGGGUGAAUAAUGACUUGCAAGCGAUUGAAUACGAAGCUUUGGAUGCAUUAUGUUUUGAGUGUGGCCAAUAUGGUCACAUUGCUGCUAACUGUCAAAAGAACUCUGCUAAUGGAGGGGGCAACGAUGCACAGGUCAACCCUGUUGCUGGGGAGAGACAUGGGAUAGAGGCGCGGGUAGCGCCGGAGGCCAACCCCUAUGGGCCCUGGAUACUGGCAAAACAGAGGAGAAAUAGGCUAGACAGCAGACUACAAGGCACUAGAACCCAGGGAGGAAGUGGGUUGGGAAGCUCCAAUGUUGUGGGACCCACUGGAGAAAUCUGUGAAGGAAGGAAGAUGAGCUUUUCAAGAAGAGGAGGGAAAGCUCAGGGUGGAGGUCAAGGAAGGUAUGAAUAA